GAACGUUUUACUUUGUUAUUCAUUGUGAGUAAGCUAUCACGAGUGCAACGAUAAAAUGUAAUUUCUCUGGCGAACCGAUUGCAGUCGAUCACCGAACAAUAAAGAAUGAAAGUAUCGGUAGUGUUAAUUUUCGCGAUACGAGUUUCCAUCGUUCCUGGAAGGCUGACUAUCUUGAGAGGACGAGAAGAGACAAGGUUAUACAGCCACAGCAGUAGGAAAUUGGUUUGCGUGUCAGAAGACGAUGACGGAGCUUUGAUUUGGAACAGUAACUUGAACUGGAUGUACAGUCCGUAUGAAUUUUCAGAUAGGGGUGGGAAUACGAAUUUUCGUCGAUUGAGAACGUACGCGAAGGGACAGAUAGAUUGCAACUUGGAUUCGCACGGUGACUGCAUGUCAGCAUGGUACACUGCCGGUUGGAAUUUGACGAAUUCUAAAGGAACGCCUAUGGGACCUGUAUUUGAUCGUCGAUGGGAAGACUUCAGAGAACUGAAUAAUUUCGGCGGAUUGUACGAAUAUCGUCUUGCGGAUCAAUUAAAGAAGUCAGGCGCUUUUGUGGUUUCCGUUCGUGGAUCCACGGAUGCGCAUAUACUCUUAUGCGAUACCGAAUAUGUUGAAAUCGAUUUAUGUUAUUGGAUUAUCAUCGGUGGCUGGAACAACGAAAAAUCUGUGAUACGAAAGUGUGCCAAAGGUGUACCGCGUCCGUCAACGUUUCCUAUCGAACCUACCUGCAAAGAAAUCAGGGCUUUCUAUCUUCAUAAAAUACUCUCUCCAACCGAGUGGAGAACGUUCAUCCUCGUAUGGAGCGAAAACCCACGAAGCAUAUCGGUCUACGAUACUAAAAAGUUGCUAAUGACGUACCGGGACGACGAAGAACAACCGCGAAAUCAAACUCACGAUUACAAAUUGUUUCUAAGGAGUUCCAAAACGAUGCUCUUCCGAUUUCACAUAUACAGUUUUCUCCACACAACCGAUUUUACGGCAACGUUACUCAGUCCUGAAUUCGACCUAAUCAACAGAAAUCUUUGCGUGCAAAUGAUAAUCGGUCUGUGCAAUAAAUGUCGGAUGGAAGCAGUGUUAAUCGAUUCGGUCGAUCAGGACAGGGAAGAGAGUUUAUACACGAUAUCAGGAUCCACGGUAACCGGUGCUCAUGGUUUGGCUAUGUGGCAAUACCUCCGGAUCAACAAAACGAUAUCGCCUAACAUCGGAAGGAAAGGAAGAAUCAAAUUGAUCCCAAGUCUCGAGCAAAGAACUCCGAAUCCACUAUGGGCCGUAGCGAAUGUUCGCAUGUGUUCACCAGUAGAUGCUGUACGAUACGGGAGCAUGGAAACUACGCAGGAUUACGCGAACGCCGCGUACUUCUGGCCAAAUGUUACUUGUCAAAAGUUACUUUACAACAAUCAUGCUAUUGUAAAUUCUGCACUCGAUGUCACGUUUGAUUCGCAAUUUGGCGAUCUGUACUGUUCUAACGGAAUGGUAGGUCCUCACUGUUCCAUUAAUUGCUAUACUCACUUUGGAUACCACGAAGACUGCAGAGGAAUCGCAAUUUGCGAACAAAAUGGCUGCACGUGUCCAUCAGGUUUCGUGGGAAACAGCUGUUAUUCUAAUUGCGAUAUUGGCCGGUAUGGAUACGGUUGUACGCAAACUUGUGGCUGGUGCCAGGGUAACAAUUGUGAUUUCAAGACAGGAUAUUGCACAACCGGUUGCAACAACUCUAAAAGAUACAAUAUUCCACCUUUCUGUAAAGCAGGCAUAGAUGUUCUUCCGCCACCGACCAUUGACUUUGUCAACGAAACAGUCGUCCGUGCUAUUCUUCCAGUAAUGGACGAGUACAAACUUAUAACUACCGGUUAUCGAUUUGUCAUCCAGAAAGAGGGAAAGACCAACAGCCGUUAUAUUGGAAUUUAUACGAAAAUACUUAACAAUGCCACGAAAAUGAUUGCGUACACAGAUGAUUUAGAAUUUGGUACUUCUUAUCAAAUUUCCUGCAUAUUGUAUAUUAACGAUCAGAUAACAGUACCGGGAAGAUGGACAAAUUUUACGACUCGUUGCACUUCGACAACCAAUUUUCUAGUAGACGUAAAAAAUACCAGUUUAACGUUGAAGAGAGAUCAAGAAGCAGUGCCGUAUUCUUGCCCAGACGAAUGGUACGAUCUCCUUUUUCAAAACAUUGAGAGCCGAGUUGAAAUUUACAGAGGAACCUUAUUCAAGUUGCCACAUAAAUUCGAAAAAUUAACACCAUACACGGUCUAUAAAAUGACAAUCAAUAAAGGAGCGGCGAUUUUAUUUUCACGAGAGAUUCAAACUCUCGAAGGAGUACCAUCUCCAAUACGAAACAUCAGAAUAUUACUAGCUCCAAACCAGAAUGUGACUCUGCAAUGGGAUCCUCCGCUAUAUUUAAACGGAAUGAUAACGAAAUACGAAAUUGUACUGCAGCUCGAAAAGUAUCUCGGCUGCCAGAAUCGACAAACUCAAUCUCGAAAAAGCGACACGAUUUCGACCUCCACUGCUUUCACCAGCAUGACAUUCUCCAAUUUAAAGCCAUACGCGUAUUACGUUGCAAAAGUUGCAGCUUGCACUGCCUAUUGCGGGCCCAAAAAGGCUACUGAAUUUUCCACUCAUCAGACUGAAACUCCGACUGAAAAGUACACGAAUUUGAGAGUCCAAGGUUACACGCUAAUGUGGGACCCACCGAAAGAUUGCACUACGAUUUCUGGGACUAUCAUUGCUAGAAUCGUUGUCAACGGCAUCAGUAACGCGGUAUCGAACGUCAGCAUCACGAGGCAAACCACAAAAUAUUUUAUCGAUUUCACUGACUCUCUUUAUGGCGUUGAAACGUACGAAGCAAGGGUUUACGCGAUCAGAGAUUAUUAUAAACAGCACAACGAAUUACUUUACGAAAAGCUAGUUUUCACUACUCCGCCAAAAGCCCCACCUCCAGUAAAUAAUCUAGAAAUAUUCGAGAUCGAUGUGCUGCGUAGGCUGGUGCAGUUAAGGUGGCAAGAACCGAACCCGCCAAUUAACGGGAAGAUAGAAUAUUAUACUGUAAAUAUUUGUGCCCAAGGUUGCGCAACUGUUUUAAAGGUGCAACCAACGGAGUUUUGUAAUCUGUGGAGCAAAUACAUUUGCGCGACUAUCGAACGGGCUCAUCAAGGAUACCAAUUAGUCACGGUUUCAGUGAAGAACGAAAAUGUUUCGACGCAUAGCGACGCGAUGUCCGUACCAAUUAUUCCUAAUGAAAACCAACCAGACGAGCCUGACAUUAUUGCAACCGAUAUACUCGACAGAGGAGUCGUCAAUUUCACCUGGGCCCACCCGUGGAGAUCAGGAGGUCGUCUAACGAAAUUUGAAAUAACCCUUGAAAUAAUAUCAUCUCGUCUUCGAAUGAAAAUUCAACGAUCACAAAUGACCACGUUGCACGAGUAUCUAAUCGAAAGUUAUCAACCUCGAUACAGCCAAGAAUUGCACUUGCUAUCAUCGUCCACGUACAAGAUUACCGUUCGGGCCGUAACAAACACGGGAAACCGUGGACAGGGGAAUGCGGUGGCAGUGCAAACACCUUCGUGCAUGGGUUUCGAAAAGAAUCUAACAUCGGAAGUACGCGAAAGCGCCUCAACCAUCUCACUGCAUAUUCCUAACAUUCUUAAUGACACGAGGAACAGUUUAACUACCAUAGUUGUAACAGGUUCAAAAGCUUGCAAACAUCGUGUAGAAUUGAACUCUUAUCUCGGCGAGAAAGUUGGUAUCAAACAUAAUGAAAAUGUUCUGCGUAGUUUCUGGUUCCCUACCGAAGAAUACGCUGGUAAAACGUUCACGAUCGAUUAUAAACUUAACAACGAUGCCACGAAUUGCCCACUGAUGCCUGAAGAAUCCUACGCGAUAGCGAUCAUCGUGCAAAGCGAAGAGGAAUCGACGGACGAUCAGAUCCUAGUGCAAACAACAUCGAUUCGUAUCGGCGCGGCGUCGAAGCGACACGAAGCGUGGCUAAUUCCAAUUACGAUAAUUGUCGUCGCUGGAACCGUGUUCUUUUACCUGUACCGAAGAAGAAGAAAUAGAUCUUUGAAGAAGAUUAUUCUGCAAGGAGAAACGCCUCCGACGUGCAACAACGACAAUCUCGAAGUGAAUUCAAUUUCAUCGAGCUCCAAACAACCUUUCACCGCGAUGUCCACUCCUUCCGAUAAAGAACUGUUAUCACGAGCGAACACGCCUCACGAUGAUAUCGUGGUAUGCGUAAACGAUAUCGAUCUGAACGAAGAACGAUCGUCUCAGGUAAAGGUGAAGGAUUUCGAAGAUUACGUGAAACAGGCGAUCCAUUCUGGACUACUUGAAGCUCAAUACAACACGCUGCCACGAGGACAAACGAAGGCAUGGGAUUACGGAAAAUUACCGGAGAACAAAUCGAAGAAUCGAUACGGAAAUCUCAUAACGUACGACGAAAAUCGAGUUGUUCUACAGAAACUUCCGGAUGAUCCUUUCUCGGAUUACAUCAACGCUAGUUACAUCAAGGGCUACAAGAAGGAGAGAUGUUACAUAGCCACGCAAGGACCAAAGCCGAACACGGUCAUCGACUUCUGGAGGAUGAUUUGGCAAGAAGAAGUUCUCGUAAUCUGUAUGCUUGCGAACUUAACGGAAGGAGGAAAAAUAAAAUGCGAACAAUACUGGCCCGACAUUGGAAGAAAGAAGAAAUACGGUGAUAUAAUUGUCUUCAACGCUAGACACAACGUGUUCGCGGAUUACACGUUCCGUACUUUGCACGUGUCGUGUGGAGACGAAGCUCGCAAGAUCGAGCAUUUGCAUUACACAGCAUGGCCAGAUCAUGGCGUGCCGUUGUCCACGCAUUCAGUGGCAACGUAUAUGAAGAAGCUGCUAGCAACACCCUCCGGAAGUGGUCCGAUCGUGGUCCAUUGCAGCGCAGGUGCAGGAAGAACCGGGACUAUAAUUUUAUGCGACGUUUGUUUGCGAAAAAUCGCAGUUGAAGGGGCGAUCGAUGUAUUCGCCGAAAUUAAAUCGAUUAGAAGUCAAAGGGCCAACAUGGUAGAUAAUAAUCAGCAGUAUCGCUUGGCUCAUUUAACGCUGGUCGAGUGUCUAUUUGCUAUUUCAACGUCUGUUCCGUGUGACGAACAUCUACCAACGAAAGUCAACGAGCUUAAGAAGCAAUUACACGUUCAACGAGACAAUUUAGAAAAGAUGACUUGGAAAGAGCAGGCCCUUCGAUCGUCGCCCGGUCAAAUGAAAUUAUCGGAACGCAACUUAGCCAAACAUCGAUUUCCAGAAUUAGCUUCAGGGAAUUUUAACAGGGUGUUUUUAAAAAGAUAUCCAGCCACGGACGAGGACAGCGACUAUAUAGCCGCUAUUUACGUGGACAGUGUAAGAUUGCAAAAUCAGUACCUAGCAACGCAACUUCCGUUGCCUGGAACGUUCAGCGAUUUCUGGAGAAUGGUAGCCGAGUACAAAGUGGAAUUAAUCGUGCUAUUACAGCCACCAGAUCCGAAUGAUACGACCUGUUGUCCAAUCAUUCCAAGCGGAGAAUUUAAACCAGUACCAUACAUAAACGUUCGAUCGAAAGAAUUUAUCGAAUACGAAUCGUACACGUCGCAAAAAUUGGUACUUGUCGAUAAUUUAGAGAAGCCAGUCACGGAACAGCAGAUAACGAUUUUAAGCUCUACGGCAUGGCAAUGUGGUAGGGAUCAAGAUCCACCUGCUACGAGGAUGUUGGUCAACCUGUGGCAAGCUGCGGAGAAAAUUUCGAGAGGAGGCGGACCCACCGCUGUUCUCUGCCACGACGGUGUAACCGGCUGUGGACUCUACUUGGCCUUAAGCUUUCUUUUGGAGAGAAUGGCAGUGGAAAGGGAAUGCGACGUUUGCUUGGCAAUUCGCGCGAUUAGAAGAUCGAGACCCGAUUUCGUAAAAUCUGUGAAACACAUGGAAUAUCUGUACGACGCAGCGAUAACGUACCUAGGGUACUUCGAAACCUACGCGAACUUCUCGUGAAGAAAUCUCGAUCGUUAAUCUAGCUUGGACGACACAAUUUGUUACAUAAAUUGAUUCGAUUAAUUUCAACGAGCUUCCAAUCAAGACUGUCUUUUCUAAACUCUUCUAUCGUUUCAAUUAUAAAUUACAAUCGUUACGUAAUCAUUUUAAGGCCGAGACCACUUACUCCCCGAUUUUCAUCGUUUUCCGUCGCUUUCGUGCACCCAAGGUAAACGACUUUCGUUCCCACGAACCUUAUCCCGAUACAUCGUAACCGUGUGCAGUAACGACCUCGUCAUUCUGUCUGCAUCGCCAACUGCAUACGUAUAGUGUCUCUCAAUAGUAUCUUUAGGAUAUUGUAACCUAUAGUCGACUAAACGAUCGAUGUAUCUCAAAAAAUAUCCACGUGAAUUAGCUCAUAAGAUCGCGUGAUUUAACGUGGUUGAAUUAUUUUCUUUCGGGGAGUAUAAGAGAUAAGACCUGUACUGUCAAUCGAUAGACUAAUCACGAUUUUAAAAACCAGACUAUAAAUUUACAAAACGAUUUCUCGCCUAAAGGAGGAAAAGAAUGAUUCUUGGCUAACUGUUUUUCACAUGAUCAAAAUUUAUGUUGAAAUAAAGAUACCUGAAAUUGUUUAAGUUAAA